GGAACCUUCUCCUCUCCCUUCUGGCCGCUGACACUACCUGCACACCAUACCACGAAGACGCAUGCCAACGGCCGCUGUACAUCAUGCUGAUUGCACUCGUUAUGACUGACCGCAUUGAAAGAUAUCUCCCUGUCACAAUGACCAGCUUCGAACCAGAUCUCCGGUCAA